CUGGUUGAUGUUUUUCAGGUUGCUGAGGGAUAUAUCGAAGAGCGUCUGUAUCGAACGAAGUUUGAGAGCACCGUAGCGUAUGCCGAACUCACUCUGAAAAGUCGGCAAGCGCUUGUGGGUGGCCCCAAGCCUAAGAUCUACCUGCAUGUCACCGCUGACAAAAAACGGAAAUCGAUAAUGUCAGACUUGUUGGCCAGGACAUCCGUCUCUGAAGCGAAGGCUUUGAAGGAAAAGCACAUGGUAAAAUACAAAGAUGUGUUUGCUCGUUGUCUACAGGCUUUAACUGAACUCGUCACACAAAUCGCAGAAGACUCACGACUGUCGGGUCCUUAUGCGAUUAUUUCACAAGAAGGGCUUGAGCAGGUAUGA